AUGAGCUCCGGCGCGAGCGUCGAGGAAGAGAUCGCGGAGAUGAAUAAAUGGCGCGCCGUCUCCAUGCUCGUCAUACCCGCGUGCGCUGGGUUCGGGGUGUACACGCUGUCCAACGCGGCGCACGGACACGGGCACGAGAACCCGGCGUACUCGUACCUGAGAAUUCGCAAUCGCGAGCAGUUUCCCUGGGGAGGAGAUUGCGGGUUGUUUGAGUACAGGGAUGAUUGUAAGUAG